UUCAACAUGACCUUGAAUUGCUGAUAAUCGCAGUGGGUGUGAUUGAGGACGGAUUGUGCAACACAGCGAAGUGCACAGUGACACACAGAGGAGACUAUGGAGAGUAUCAUGAAUACUUUCAACGACAUGGACACAUCACAGAAAGUUCUGUAUGUAGUGGGAGGUGCUGUCGUAGCCAUCGUAACGGUCGUUGGCCUGAGGAAACAAUGUUUCAAAGAGACAAAGGCAAAGAAGGACUAUCCUCGAGAUACGGUGAUCCAUCAUCAGAUUGGUAGAGGUCCCUAUGCCCCAAGCAUGACGCCAUUUGCUUUGAAGUUGGAGACCUAUCUCCGGAUGGCUAAGAUACCCUACCAGAACGUCCAUGGCCGUCAACUUUCAUCAAAAGGCAAAUUCACUUGGAUUGAGUAUAAUGGACAGGCAGUAGCGGACUCAUCACUCUGCAUCGAAUUCCUCAACAAGAAGCUGGGGGUGGACCUCAACAGGAACCUGAGUCCUGCUGACAGAGGAGUAGCUCAGGCAAUACAGGCCAUGAUGGAGGAUCAUAUAUACUGGUUCGUUGCCCUCUUCCGAUGGCAAUAUGACAGCGACAGAUCUUUGGUAAUGAAUGCCUUCAAAUUAUCGAAGUUUCUGUUUUGGAUGUUUCAACGACUUCUUAAAAAAGCAAGCUGGGAUCAAGGCUUGGGCCGACACACAGAAGAGGAGGGAACUGAAAUGUUAAAGAAGGAUCUACAAUCCAUGUCAGACUUCAUAGGGACCAAGAAGUUCCUGAUGGGGGACGAGCCCUGUGAGACGGACUGCACAGUGUUCGGUAUGCUGUCACAGGUUUACUGGCAGUUCACGGGCACUGGAUACGAGAACAUCCUCAAGGACAAAUACCCCAACCUGGCCGCCUACUGUGAACGUAUGAAGGAAACAUUCUGGCCUGACUGGGACCAGUGCAUCACACACGGUGGAACAAGGGAGGCAACAAAGUAAUUUAUCCAGAAAACUGUGAUGGCCGUUUAAUGUGUGCUUCGUAAUAAAAUAAAGCUCUUUGGAAACUGGGUAAUAAUCAUUCAUUACUAUCCUCGAACGGAAUUAGUAGCUCAGCAUACUCGCAAUGUUUGUUGAUAUGCUUAGGUUGUUAAAUGAAUUCAUAUUCUCUUUUGUGCACCAGUGAGAGUUUGGGUUGCUGUUGCUAUUUUUUCUCUUCUUUUUUUUAGUGUGUGUGUAUGUUUUGGUCGCUAAAGGAGAGGUUGACUGAAGGGGGGUCGAACAGCUUUGUUUGAAAUAUAAAAUGUAGUGUUAUGUUCUUAGUUCUUAGUGGUUCUGUUGCUGCUUGUUGGAAUCUACAAUGAGUAUGUAUUUUAUGUUUGUUUCUUUGUGUUUUAUUAUAUUUCAUGUUUGUUUGUGUUUUGUUUUGUUUCGUUUGCUUGUUAAUUUGCCAUGGUCGGUGAGAGAGUGACUGAAAGGGUGGGGGGUGGGUGGGGGCGUAGAAGAAGGGGCAUGAAUAUAAUUUGGACAUUCUUGUGCCCCUCACUAUAAAAACUCGAUAUUGCCAUAAGCGGCCAUAAACAUACUGAUUCAUUACUUUCAUUUUCAUGUACAUGUUGUGUGUUUGAAAUGCGAAUAGCUUCUUUUACAAUAAAUUUUACCAUAAUGUUA